AUGUCACACGUGAAAAGUUCACACAAGAGCAUAAAUGCAAAGGUAUCAAAGCCUUCGAUUGCGGGCUCAGGAUCAAAAAUUAACAUUGAAGCCUUGAAAAAGAAAUUAGCACAUGGAAAAGGCAGCACAGAGAAGAACACAGUGAUAAAGGAAAAAACCAACGGAAAGGAUGAUGAAAAACUUGAAAAGGAAAAGAAAUUUGAGGAUUUUGGGCUGAAGGACGAUAUAUUAGAGGCAUUAAAUACCCUACAUUUUACAAAACCCACGCCUAUCCAGGAGCAAUCAUUACCGUACUCAUUAAAUGGAAGGGAUAUAAUAGGUAUAGCACAAACCGGAUCUGGUAAGACGGCCGCUUACGUGAUACCAAUAUUACAGGCUCUUUGGGAUGCACAGACUCCAUAUUUUGCAUGUGUUCUUGCCCCUACCAGAGAGUUAGCUUAUCAAAUUAGAGAAACUUUCGAUGCAUUGGGAAGUAAUAUGGGACUUCGGUGCGUUACCAUUGUUGGUGGAAUGGAUAUGAUUGACCAGGCAAAGGAGUUAAUGCGGAAGCCACAUGUGAUAGUUGCAACACCGGGAAGACUUAUGGAUCAUCUAGAAAAUACAAAGGGAUUUUCUCUAAGGGCUCUCAAGUAUCUUGUGAUGGAUGAGGCAGACCGGUUGUUAGAUAUGGAAUUUGGUGAUGUCUUGGACAGGAUAUUCGAGAUUUUGCCUAGAGAGAGACAUACGUAUCUUUUUUCUGCUACCUUAACGUCGAAGGUGGAAAAAUUGCAGAGAGCAUCUCUCAGGAAUCCAGCAAAGGUGGAGGUGAACAACAAAUACUCAACAGUUGACACAUUGAUACAAUCACUGAUGGUUGUGCCCGACGGGUACAAGAAUACAUUCUUGAUGUACAUAUUGAAUGAUCAUGUGGGAAAAUCGGUUAUCAUAUUCACCCGAACUUGUGCACAUGCACAGCAUGUUGCUCUUAUGGCAAGAAUUCUUGGGUUUCCCGCAAUCCCACUUCAUGGACAGUUAUCUCAGGCCCAAAGAUUGGGUGCAUUAAAUAAAUUCAAGUCAGGCGAUAAAACUAUUCUAGUGGCUACCGAUGUUGCUGCAAGAGGUCUUGAUAUUCCAUCUGUGGAUCUCAUUAUUAACUACGAUAUUCCAACUGACUCAAAGGCAUACAUUCACAGAGUCGGAAGAACUGCUCGUGCGGGAAGAACCGGUAAAUCAAUCUCAUUGGUUACUCAGUAUGAUCUAGAGUUGAUUUUGAGGAUAGAGAAAGUCAUCGGCGAGAAAAUCCCAAAGGAGACGCCUGACAGAAACGAGAUUUUGGCAUUACACGAUUCUGUGGAUAGAGCUGCUGCAGAAGCCAUUAACAAAGUGAAGAGGUUCCAUGCACAUCGGAAAUUCCAUCCACAUAACCAUUAG